AUGGGAGGCUGCUGUUCAUUAGAGGAUUCUUCAAGUGAUUCAUAUACAGGGUACUCGCGACAGAUAAUAACACCUGUAGCAGAACCAACACGAAGGCAAGCUCAAUUCAUAGCAACUCGAAGACAACCUCAAUUCAUAGCAACACCAAGACAACCGCAAUUCAAAGCAACACCAAGACAACCGCAAUUCAAAGCAACACCAAGACAACCGCAAUUCAAAGUAACACCAAGACAACCGCAACCAAGACCAAAACCUGAAAUAGACGAGUCACAAUUUGGCGAAUUUCGAUGUACACUUUGUGGUCGUUCUUGGAAAAGCCUUCGCUGCUGGCCAAAUAAGUAUCAAAUGUGCAAAAACUGCAAGAAACCAGUUUAUCCAACCAAUUGUAGAGAAACACAUUCUUCCGAUUUUACUUCGGAUACAGAUGAUGCAAAGGAGCAUGAGAGAGACCUUUGUCAAAUGUGCCAACAGUUGGGAUAUUCUUGUAGGAAUUUUCGUCGUGCAAAAAGGAUUUUUUAA